GGGACGAAGUCCAUCAAGAGACUGGGAGGACUAAACGGUCUGUGCAGACUUGCAGACUUCUCACGCUGGGAGGCCAGUCCAGUAGCCUACGACUCUUAACGAGGGAAAGUGCACAAUCCACCUCGCUGUCAUUUCACCACCCUCGAAAGAUCACCGGGGAUUUUUUUUGCUGUCUCACAAGGAUUUGGAGAACAUGGUGAUCAAAGUUUACAUUGCGUCGUCGUCCGGAUCAACCUCGAUCAAGAAACAGCAGCAGGACGUUAUGGGGUUCCUGGCGGCGAAUAAGAUCGAGUUUGAGGAGUGUGACAUUGCGGCCAAUGAGGAGAACAGGAAAUGGAUGCGAGAAAAUGUACCUGAAGACUCCAGGCCAGCCACAGGGAACCCUCUCCCACCACAGAUUUUCAACGAGGAAAGAUACUGUGGGAACUAUCAGGCCUUCUUUGAUGCUCGAGAAGACAACGCUGUGUAUGCGUUUCUAGGCUUGACUGCUCCCCCAGGUUCAAAGGAAGCAGAGGCUCAAGCCAGAAAAGAGCAGCAGUAGUCCACAGCAUCUUCCGUCACCCUGUAUGUCUCCAUGACUGCAGCCAGACUCCAGUGCUUUCCCCCUUCGCUUACAGCAAUCACAAAUAAAACUACCUGUUAUCUCCUUUUACUCCCAUCAGCAUUCCACCGCCAUCAUUUUUGGCAUUGUUAUCCCCUCCAAAUUGGAUAUUUUUAUCCAGCCUGCUCCUACACGUCUUAAAGACAACACGAAUGAUUUACGACAGUGGAUUACAUAUUCUUGUUAGUUAUUAGAAUUACGUGCGUGAUGUCCUAGCACAAUUCAGUUGUUAAGCAUACAUUCGUGUGGUGGUAUUUGUUUAUGAAGUGCCAUUUGCAAGCAACUAAUCAGUGCCUGCAUUGCAACAUACACAAUGCACUUAGAAUUCAUCUAAAUUUUCACUAUUAAUUCACGUCUUUAAAAAAAUCCAUAUUAAAGAAUGUUAAAGGGCUAUAAGUAAUAGUUAUGUCUUGUGCUUUCUUAAUUGUUUCGCUCUGGUCUCAUAGAGUCUAGUGCUGUAGUCUUAAGUCUGCUCUCAUUUUGUACUGUUUGUUUUUAUUUUUUGAUACACUAAAUAGAAAUUUCCUUUAAGGCUUUUUCAGUAAUACUACAAAUAACCCAAAUUAUAAUGCAGUAUUACAUAGUAAGUUAUGGCUCUUGAUGGCCUUUGAGUUGGAAGGAUGACUUCUGCAGCGGUCUAUAUUAAGAAAAUGUUUAGGGUUUAUUAUAUACAAAUAACUAAGCCACUGCUUUUGUUUCUUUACACAAUAAUUUACUAUAUGUAUUUACAAUAUGAGGUAAUUUUAAAGUAUGCUACUUUUCCUAUGAAGUGGCAAGGUAACCUCAUUAAAAGCAAUUACCUUCUGUUAAAUUAUAAUCGGCUAGUUUUCUUAUUGAGCCACAAAAUGACAUUUCCACAUAGUAGAACAGUUCUUAUAUAUAAUUGGUUAACAGAAGCUUCCAGUGGCUACCCUUUAAUCACUGUUUUUAAAAAAAGUAAUAAACGGAAAAAACAUUACUUAGUGUACCUUUAAUUCUUUCUUCGGAGUGUCUUGAUAGUGUACAUUGGUUUUCUUUUUUAUGAACAAAUAGGAAGGGUCAUGCCAAAAAAGCGGAAAGAACUGUAUUAUUGAAGGGAGCAGGAAAAUAAAACAUUGUUUCAUUAAAA